CGGCGAUUCCCCCUCCAAACAGCGACCCUCGGUGCUCUGGGCCCCACACGCCGCGGCCGCCGCCGCGCCGUCGCAUGGGAUGCGCCACGCGGCGCCGGGCCCGUGCAUGGCGGAGGAUGUCCCGCUCGAGGUGCCCGAGGCGCUGCUGCCGUUCGCCGCGCGGCUCUUCGCCCACUUCCCGGCGGUGAUGCUCGCGCUGGGGCACCCGUUGCUGGGGACCGAAAAACUUCGAGCUGCCUCCGGCCAACAGCUCGUUCACGGUGAUCGAAGAGACGAGCAAGUAUCGAAGACCUCAUCCAGGUGGUACUCAGGCGCCGCGGGGCCAGCGCCUCCAGGGCCGAGGCGCGGGCGGCGCAGCUCCGCAGGGGCCUCCACGAGGGAACGGUGCUGUUCGGGGACGCCCCAGCCAAGCCGCCCGCGGCCUCCGCGCCCACGAGCCCCCACGGGGCGCCGGGGCCUGGAGGGCCCGCGGCCGCAGCUGCCCUGGGUGGAGCACCGCGCAGGAUGCCGGUGAGCACAGAGGGGGAAGGCCCUGCCGCUGCGCCGCAGCGCUCUGCGCCGCGCGAGGCCCGCCAGGGCGUGGGCCACGCGGCGAGGCAUUCAUUGUUGGACGGCGUCCUCCCAGGCGACGCGGCGCCUUCGGCCCCCGCCGCCGCCGGGAGCAGCGGCAGGGCUCCGAAGUUGAGCAGCAUGUUCCAAGGAGGGGGGCCACCGGGCCUCUCGGAGGGAAGUGAGCGGGAGGCGGAAUGCUUUGGAG